GAGAGAAGGAAGAAGGGCGGGAAAUGUUCACUGUUGAGCCAGUCUGGUUUCUUAUGAGCCUGCCGGGAGUUGUAGUUUAAUUCUCUUCCGAUUUAAGGCAUUGAACUACGAAUUGUGGCCGUGCAGGGUUUUAUAGCUUCCUAGGUGCUUUAGCCUUGCUAAAACCAAUGGCUAGGAAACAGCUCGGAAACUACUAAUCCCAUGAUGCUUUUCGAGGACAACCGCCUUUCUUUCCCGGCCCGUGGUGGUGGUUGAGAAGCAAGAGGACCCAACCGUGUUGCUACUCUUCCUGCAGAAGGCCGAGCCCUGUGCAGAAUAUGGACUGGGAGCCUGCAUGAUCGAUUUGCCUGCCCAGUUGGUACCUUCCAGUUCUGGUGGUCCUGCUCCUUCAAAGAUGAACAGAAUGAAGGUUGAUGAAGAAGAAUACUGGCACAGUUCCAAAUGUAAAGCAUUUACUUUUGAAGAUGAAGAUGAUGAGCUCUUUCAGCUGAAGGAGUCUAAGCGGACAGUGAACAGCCUCCGAGAUAUUGUAGAUGACGAUGAUGACCUUGAGAAAUUCAGCUGGAGCGGGGAGCCUGUGGGCAGUAUUUCUUGGUCCAUCAAAGAGACUGCAUCUAGCAGCAGCAAUACAUCUGAGGGAAGAGACUUCAGUGGGCAAAAGGGCUCUUCUUCCUAUGGACUAUUUCCCAAGCAAGCCUCUUCUUACUCACUGAGCAGCUUUUUCAAAGGAAGAAACAAACACGGGAGUUUUCAGUCACUUUCAGAUGCUCUUACAGACACAGGAUUUAAAAAUUAUGCUCCAGAACUGCGCAGACCAAAAGCAGAGUACAAGGAAUACAGCAGUGACUGGAGCCCUAAAGAUACAGUAAGACGGCUGCAGAGAGGCAAGAUCUGCUCACUGGAGAGGUUUCGCUCUUUGCAGGACAAGUUGCUGCUGCUGGAUGAAGCUGUUGCAGUACAUGAUGGAAAUGUCAUUACAGCUAUACUAAUAUUUCUGAAGAGGACUUUGAAGAAAGAGAUUCUGUUCAGAGAGCUGGAGCUACGGCAGGUGGCCUUGCGCCAUUUAAUACACUUUCUCAAGGAGACUGGGGACCAAAAACUGCUCCUGGACUUGUUGAGGUUCCUGGAUAGAACAGAGGAGGUUGCACUGACACAGUACCGUGAGCACCUGACUAUUCGGGAUGCAGAUAAACGAAGGGAGUUUCUGAAAGGUUGUAUUGGGUUAUCAUUUUCAUUGGAGGAUGCUGCUCAUGUUCAAGAUCAUUAUACACUCCUGGAGAGGCAGAUCAUAAUUGAGGCAAGCGACAAGCAUUUGGAAUCAUCCGGGCAAGCAGAGAUAUUUCGGAAGUACCCUCGGAAGGCCUCCAUCCUAAACAUGCCACUGGUCACCACACUCUUCUACUCCUGCUUCUACCAUUACACAGAGACUGAGGGAACAUUCAGUAGUCCAACAAACUUGAAGAAAACCUUUAAGAUUCCAGACAAACAGUAUGUGCUGACAGCCCUGGCUGCUCGUGCCAAGCUCCGAGCCUGGCAUGAUGUGGAUGCUUUGUUCACCACCAAGAACUGGCUGGGGUACACUAAAAAGAAAGCUCCUAUCGGUUUCCAUCGAGUGGUGGAGAUUUUACAGCGGAACAAUGCCCCAGUGCAGGUCUUACAGGAAUAUGUGCGCUUGGUAGAAGAUGUUGAGACAAAGUUGAACCUUGCAAUGAAAUACAAGUGCCAUGAUGUUGUUAUAGAUACACACAGAGACCUGAAGGACCGUCUCCAGCUGAUGGCGUAUAAAUGCAAAGUUGAGCGGGGAUCUCCAGCAGAGGAGAAGAUUGAUAGUAUCCUCAGCAAUCCACAAAUCCGGUGGAAGAACUGAGAAGCGCUCACUCCUGGUGGCAGCAGUCCGAUUUCACUGGCACAAUAAAGGCAAGCUGCCAAAUAUACCUCUGCAUUGGUUUUAAUCCACUGCCUAGAUUGUCUUAUUGUCAGCUGGCGCUGCUUUUGGAUCCUGGGACAGAAACAGACAUCUAGGCAUUCCCCAAAGAGAUGUUCAGCCAACCAAUCGAACACAAAGCUAUUAAGCUGGAAUCCAAUACUCUCUUUUCAACUUGACUCUGUGGUAAAUAGAACAUCAUUGUAUAGAUGAGAGAAGUAAAUAUGGAUUGAGAAGCUG